CAACUAUUGAAAACUAAACGCUACUGAAUUUGUAACUAGCUUAAGAUGCAUGAUUAGCAACUAUAUACCGGAAGUUAGUUUUUUGUCACAACGGUUAGCUUGACACUUUUAUGCGGAAGCGCUGUAAAACGACUGGGGCAGAGACUGGAGGAGAGGAGGAAGGAUGAUGAUGGGAGCUAAAAUUAUUCCACACAAGUGACCCACUUCCAACUGUAUAUCCGCUCGUUAGAAGCCCGGUUCUUGUACUUGGAUUUUUUUAUAUUACCAACGACAAUGUCGGCGUCAGCGAUAUUUGUUCUGGACCUGAAGGGGAAGGUCUUGAUCUGCCGUAACUACAUGGGAAACAUGGACAUGAAUGAGAUUGACCACUUCAUGCCGAUUUUAAUGAAGCGAGAGGAAGAAGCAGAGAUGACUCCGCUGGUCACCCAUGGCUCAUCACACUUUCUGUGGAUCAAGCACAACAAUCUUUACUUGGUGGCCAUGACCAAAAAGAAUGCAAAUGCUGCUCUGGUGUACUCCUUCCUUUAUAGAAUUGUCCAGGUGUUUCAGGAAUACUUUAAGGAGCUGGAGGAGGAGAGUAUCCGUGACAACUUUGUGACUGUUUAUGAACUGAUGGACGAAAUCAUGGAUUUUGGAUUCCCACAAACAACUGACAGCAAGAUUCUUCAAGAGUACAUUACCCAGCAAGGUCACAAGCUCGAGCUCGGGGCCGUUCGACCUCCUGCUACUGUCACCAAUGCUGUGUCUUGGAGGUCUGAGGGCAUCAAGUACAGGAAGAAUGAAGUUUUUAUGGAUGUGAUUGAGUCAGUAAAUCUACUGGUAAGCGCCACUGGCAGUGUCCUCCGAAGUGAAAUAGUGGGUUCCAUUAAGCUCAAAGUGAUCCUUUCAGGGAUGCCUGAACUCAGACUGGGCCUCAAUGACAAAGUGCUGUUUGAAAUCACAGGGAGAGACAAGAGUAAAACCGUGGAGCUGGAGGACGUGAAGUUUCAUCAGUGUGUCCGUCUGUCGCGGUUCCAGAAUGACCGGACAAUUUCUUUCAUUCCCCCUGACGGCGAGAGCGAGCUCAUGUCCUACCGUCUUAACACAACAGUGAAGCCACUCAUAUGGAUCGAGAGCGUGAUAGAGAGGUUCUCCCACAGCCGUAUCGAGAUCAAGGUGAAGGCUCGGAGUCAGUUUAAGAGCCGGUCGACUGCCAACAAUGUGUCCAUUUUUGUGCCAGUGCCCAAUGAUGCAGACUCACCAAAGUUCAAGACCAGCAUGGGCAGCGCCAAGUGGAUGCCCGAGAAGAACGUGGUGCUGUGGAACAUCAAAUCUUUUCCUGGUGGGAAGGAGUACCUGAUGCGGGCACACUUUGGGCUACCCAGUGUGGAGAGUGAGGAGCUGGAGGCAAAAAGACCAAUCACUGUUAACUUUGAAAUCCCCUAUUUUACAGUGUCUGGCAUUCAGGUACGCUACUUGAAGAUUAUAGAGAAGAGUGGUUACCAGGCCUUGCCGUGGGUGCGCUACAUCACACAAAGUGGAGAUUACCAACUCCGGACAAACUAAAGGGUAAAGAUGCUGUUAGACGAAUGGCUGUCUGUGUGUCUUCCUCUCCGCUGCUUCUUGCUGCGGGCAUGGGGCAGCAGAAAACUGUUCCAUUCCAUAUAAAAGCAUGACCCCUUCCCUUUCCUUCCGGUUAAUUUUCAGCAAAAUCCUGAUUUAACAUUUGGUUCCAAGGGAAUUUUUUUUAUUUUGAGAGUGCAAGCAAAUUUCUGAUAUCUUGUACUUUUUUAUGGCUCAAUGGAUUUACUGAGUAACAGCAAAAGAUCAAUUUAGGUUUUUCUAAAAAAAAAAGGUAAUCCUGCACAGAAGUGACUUUUUUUAUGCCAAGAAAAACAAAUUAUUACGUGUAUAGUCGAUCCCUGCUAUCGCUGCAAAUAGUCCCACCCCUAAACAGGCUCCUGAUCUUGGAUCAACAUUCGCAAUAAAAGCAACCGUUUUAAUUAUUAGAUUAGAUUCCGCUCCAGAACCCUCCUUUUAUCUCUUCAAUUGCCAUUGCUCACACACACACACCAUGAGAUCAUGUAUAGGUACUCACCACUAAUGAAUAAUCAGACAAUCCAUGAACAGAACACAGUCAGUUCUUUAGCCUAAUUAUCAUGCUCGCACUAGAGCGGGAGCGGACUGACCAUAGGGAGUCGGCUCAUCAAUAAUGGUCUGAUUGACAGCAAUUUAUUUCUAUAUUUAUUGCUGUGCCUUGCUUUGGGAAGUCAUUACAGGAACAUGCCACUGUAGACACACAACAAUUGCUGGUGUCCGCAAACACAGACUGUAGACACACGACAGAGGGAACAUGUUGGCAGCAUCACAGCCACCCCCCUUCCCCACAUGCAGAACAAGCACUGUGCAUAAGGCCCCUUGAUCCAUGGUGCUGGAAGGGCCAUUUUGUUCAAGGGAACCAUAUGCGCAUCAGUCAGCCAGUCCGUUUGAGGCUUUGUCACUUGUCUUCUGAACCACAAAGUCCACCCGUGCGCUAAAGGCUAGCAGGCCAGCCAAAUCAUUUCUCCAAGCCCGGUCGACAGAAUCCACACUGCUUGUCUCUUGUAAUUGAUCAUGUAGCCAUGAUGCUCAUUCACUUUGCAUCUCACAUCACACGACUAUGGUGCGUUCAAGGACCGCAGAACAAUGCUUGACGAAAAAACAUUACCAGUGAAGCAUGACGACAUAAUGCGUGGUGUAUAUUACCUGUAUUUCCAGCUUAGGGUGAAUGAGACGUGUUUUCUACUGGAAAAAAAGCCUAUUUUCAGAGAAAUAAAUAAAAACAAAUACAAAAGUCUGCAAAUUUGAUGUGUCGCAAAUGUGCGGGGAUCCACUGUAUACUGAAUUCGUACAAUGCUCACCACAAGGGAUAUCAUGAAAACUUUUUUAUAGUACUACCUGGUUGUAUUUUACCACGUCUAUAGAGUAUCUUUACGACAACCUCCAUACAGUAUUGUAUGUUUAUGCCUUAAAUAAACUGUUGUGUCGUUACCACUACCACUGUGAACAUAAUCCCCGGUGAAGUAAACCUAAAACCAGCAAGCAAGUCAAUGAUUAAUAAGGCAUAAUAUUGUCUGAGACAUUGAGAGUAUAGCAUUACACCGCCGAUGGCCACAUGGAGCCUGUAACCUUGUCCUUGUGCUCCAAAUCCUUUUGCAGCUUCUAAGAGAGUCUGAGUGAGUGAGUGAGGAUGCAACAUUUGCCAUCUUUACAUCUGGUGUUGCUUGGACAGGAUAAAAGUCACAUAGCGUAAAGUGGUUGCUUAGCGAUAUGUUUACACAUUGGUCUGUUUUUAUGCACCAGUUUUUGCAGGUGUGUAUGGUUCUUCAAAGUAAUUUUGAGUGUUCUCGUUAUUAUUAUAAAUCUGUACAUGUUUCAUUGAAAACUUAGUCAGGCAACAUAAUGUUGUGUUGUAAGACUUCAGCAACUGAUUUCUUCUUCACUGUCAUGUGAAGCAAUGAUGUAUUUGGAAAUAAAAGGGUUUUUGUACAUUCUGGGAUAUUGAGUGUUUUUUUUUCAACACUAAAUGU